AAAGUCCCACUCCUUGCAUUUCUAUCCCUUGCUUUCCUUUCCCAGAAAAUGACUCAAAAAAGCAUCAGGAAUUUGCAAUCUUUCUCUGGAUUUUCACAUCGCUGGUAAGGAAAAACCGUCCAAUAUUUCCAUCAAAUAUCCUUGCUUUUUUCAAUUUCCCUUGCUGGGUUUUGUAGAUUUUUGUAAUAUAUCACAGUUCAGAUCUUCUCAGUAAUGUUUGGGUAGAUUUUUGGUGGUUUUUUUUUUUUUUUUUUCCAGAUUGGGAUGGAAUGAUUGGGGGGUGUUCUUGAUUUUUGGGUUUUUCUUAGUUCCUGAUGUUGGGAAAAUCAAAAAGAGAAAAUAGCCCCAUGGAUUUGAUGCUGUGGUUGUGCUGUUUGUAGGCUUAGUCUUGUUGUAUGUUUGAAAAUCAAGAGAUUGAUGAGUUAGAGAGAAAAAAAGUAGAUUUUGUUGAAGUUUUUCGAAUCAUUAGAGAAAAUCCCAAGUUGGUUUUCUGGGGUUUCUCAGUGUUUUAAGGAUUUGUGUUUGGUUCAAAGAGGAAUCCCAAGUGGGAAUUUUUGAAAGGAUUUUGGAUAUUUGGGUUGGAGUUUUGAAAAUCAAUAGAUUUUGAUGAAUUAGAGUAGAAAAAAGUAGAUUCUGUGAAGUUUUUUCAAAUCUGCGGAGAAAAAAGUUUGUUUUCUGUGGUUUUUAGGUGUUUUAAGGAUUUCUGGAGUUUUGGUUGGAAUAGAAAUCCCAAUUGGGGUUUUCUAAUCUUUCAAGGACUUUUGGAAAUUUGGUUAGAAUUUUUGAAGCCUCCGAGGAAAUCCCUAGUGGGUUUUCUGUAAUUUCUCAAUACAUCGUCGAGGACUUUCUACUGCUCGGAAUGGAAGUUUUCUGAAUGCCAGGGAAAAAUCCCAAGUGGGUUUUAUGUAAUUUCUCAGUUUUUUGUCAAUGAUCGAAGAUUGAGAGAACGGAGACAGGCUUUUUGCAGUUUCUCAAUCUUUGAAGGGUUCUUGACGGAUCAGAUUGGAAUUUUUCAAACGUUGGAGCAAAAUCAUGGAGGCUUGUAGGCUGAUUUUUAUUGUUUUAAUGCAUGUCUUUAUCGGAAUAGCACAAGCUCAAACCGAUCCUUUUCUGAUAGAUUGCGGCACAAAUUCUAGUAUCAUUGUUGAUGGCCGAAGAUGGGUCGGUGAUUUGAAUGGUAAUAACACGAAUGUAACCCUCAGUUCUCCAGGGAUAUCCGCAUCGACGGCCACGGUCAGUGGAAAUUCGGUCUAUGGAAGUUUAUAUAAGACUGCCCGGAUUUUCUCCAGUCCCUCAAAUUACACCUUCAGAGUCCUCUCGGGGGAAUACUAUGUUAGGCUCCAUUUCUAUCCGUUCCCAUUCAAUAACAAUCUCAAUGUGAACACAUCCAAAUUCGAUGUGUUGGCGAACAAUCUGAGACUGGUCUCAGGAUUCAAUGUCGUUGAUGAGAUCUCGUGGAAGAAUACGUACUUGGCAAAACUGGGAAGCAAUUCGACUGUUUCAGCACUGAUGAAGGAGUACUUCCUUACCAUCAAAACAGCUGAGAUCUUGAUCAAGUUCGUCCCAGCCAGUGGGACAUUUGCGUUCGUGAAUGCUAUUGAGAUUGUUCCAGUUCUCAGCAGACUGUUCCCGGAGUCUGCAGUUAAAGUGGCCGGAAAUGGUGCGAACGUUUCUUUGGUUGAUAAGGGGAUUGAAACUAUGUAUAGAUUGAACGUGGCAGGACAAGAAAUCGCUCCAGGCCAGGAUCGAGAUCUAUGGAGGAGAUGGGAAUCAGACGAUAACUACAUAUUCGCAGCCUCUGCUUCAGCUGUGAUUAAGAACUCUUCAAACAUUAGCUAUGCAUAUCCCAGCGACGUAUCUGUUGCUCCUAUUCUGGUGUAUGAAGAUGCGAGAACGAUGACGAAUGCGCAAGUCAUGGAUAAUAGAUUCAACAUGUCGUGGAAAUUCAUCGUCGACCCCAAUUUCGAUUACCUGGUCCGGCUACACUUCUGUGAACUGUACUACGACAAGGCCAAUCAGCGGAUUUUCAAAAUCUACAUCAAUAACCAGACUGCAGCAGAGAAUUUCGAUGUGUUUGUGCGGGCUGGAGGGCUUAACAAGGCCUAUCAUGAGGAUUACAUCGAUUUGGUGUCGCCGCAGCUGGACACUCUUUGGGUCCAGCUGGGGCCUGAUCCGUCAGCUGGCGGUUCGGGCACUGAAGCGAUCUUGAACGCGUUAGAGAUUCUCAAGCUCAGCCGAAAUGGGAACCUUGCGCAUACCUUGGAGAUAUUUGAUUCGGGUGGGAAAGGGGCAGCGGGUAAGAAUUCGAAGCGGAUUCUGCUUGUGGUAAUUGGCGCUGGAGUGGCUGCUUUUGCUGUUCUCUCAGCUUUAUGUAUUGUGAUUUUCUGUUUCUGCAAGAAGAAGAAGAUGUCAGGUCCAAUCAAAACUGAGUCUCCCAGAUGGCGUCCGCUUGUCCUUCAAGGUAUCCUUGGAAGUACAAAUGAUGUCCGGGCAUCCAAGUUCCCUUCGAUGGCGAAUGGCUCAAUGGCUACUACCAGAAUCGGCAAGCGGUUCACAGUAGCAGAGAUCCGGGCUGCUACGAAGAACUUCGAUGAAUCGUUGGUGAUUGGGACAGGCGGUUUCGGUAAGGUCUACAAGGGCGUGAUCGAGGACGGGAGCUUGGUUGCGAUCAAGCGGGCCCACCCCCAGUCUCAACAAGGCCUGGCCGAGUUCGAGACAGAGAUUGAAAUGCUUUCGAAGCUCAGGCACCGGCACCUGGUUUCGAUGAUCGGGUACUGUGAGGAACAUAACGAGAUGAUCUUGGUCUAUGAGUACAUGGCGAAUGGGACCCUUAGGAGCCAUCUGUUCGGGAGUGAUCUCCCUCCUCUACCAUGGAAGCAACGGCUGGAGGCAUGUAUUGGCGCAGCCCGCGGGCUCCAUUACCUCCACACGGGGUUGGAUGGAGGUAUAAUCCACAGAGAUGUUAAGACCACCAACAUCCUGUUGGAUGAGAACUUCGUCGCGAAGGUGGCGGAUUUUGGGUUGUCGAAGACAGGCCCUUCGUUGGAUCGGACCCAUGUCAGCACCGCAGUCAAGGGAAGCUUCGGAUACCUCGAUCCGGAAUACUUCCGGCGGCAACAGCUAACCGACAAGUCGGAUGUGUACUCUUUUGGCGUUGUGCUGUUUGAGGUUGUUUGUGCCCGACCUGUUAUCAACCCCACCUUGCCGAGGGACCAGAUCAACCUCGCUGAGUGGGCGGUCCAAUGGCAACGGAAGGGAUCGCUCGAGACCAUUGUGGACCCCAAGCUCGAAGGGAAGUACUCAUUGGAGUCGUUGAAGAAGUUUGGGGAGAUUGCAGAGAAAUGCCUGGCCGACGAGGGGAAGAACCGGCCCACCAUGGGUGAAGUGCUGUGGCACUUGGAGUAUGUGUUGCAGUUGCAUGAAGCUUAUACCCGGAGUGACACCACCGGAGAGUCUCUUUCGAGGAGUGAGGUGAGAUUCACCAAUCCUCUCAGUCUUCCGGCAAUUGGCGAGGGGGAGUACCAAUCAUCAUCAUUGAAUCCAUUGGCUGUAGACAUGGGGCCCACAUACGAGGGAGAAUCCUCAGCUGGGACCACUUCGGAAGACGCCAUCGGAGUCGUCGACUUCUCACAGUUGGUCCAUCCUCAAGGCCGGUGAGUGCCAUUACUGCUGAAAUAUCUUUCAUAUCUGUUGUCCAUGGCUAUGCUACUAUGCGCGUCUUCCCGCUUUUUCUUACAUGGAGAUAGUGAGUCAUCCACCGUAGAUAUAUAGGUUCCACAGAAUUUCAGGCAUAGCCCAAAAAUCACAUCGAUCGGCUGAUCCUAAUCGUCUGAUGCCGGCUAUCAAGUCCGGAUUGCUUGCCGAUCUUUUAACCCUCCUUUCAAUGGACACCCAAUGUUUAAAUUCUCCAAUGUGGAUCCACUCCAUCCACAGCGGACCGUGAAUUGGAUGGUCUUGAUUGGCUUGUCCGGCAGAUGAUCGCCGCCAUUUAAGAAACGGUCGAAAGGUUCGCAUAGUAGUCUAGCCCUUCUUUGUAAUAUCCAUUACAGAGAAUUCGGAGGUCCUGUUUUCUGAGUACUGAUUAUCGCUUUCAAUAUUCUUUGAAAUCUUGCUCGACUUAAUCUAUAGAAGCAUAGAUUAUUGUAGAAUCUGAGUGAUCAGAUGCUAUACAUUGGUUUUCUGUAAUCCUAUUUGUUUUGGGUCUUCUGGAAAUGGACGGUUUGGAUGCUAGAAUUCCUGUCCAGGUCCAUAGCAAUAAGAGUUUCUUGUAUUGGAGA